AUGUUCAGGAGUCGAAGCUGGUUCGGGGGUGGUUGGGGCCGACCCAAGAACCCCCAUUCCCUGGAACACCUGAAAUACUUGUACAAUGUUUUGUCUCGCAAUCAAACCGUUUCGGAACAUAACCGAGGUUUGCUGGUUGAAACUUUACGUUCUAUAGCUGAAAUUCUCAUAUGGGGCGACCAAAAUGACUCUUCUGUGUUUGAUUUUUUCCUCGAGAAAAACAUGCUUUCGUUUUUCUUGAGAAUAAUGAGACAAAGAAGCGGAGGCUCCAAUUAUGUAUGUGUUCAAUUACUGCAAACAUUAAACAUAUUAUUUGAGAAUAUCAGAAACGAAACCUCAUUAUAUUAUCUAUUGUCUAAUAACCACGUAAACUCGAUUAUAGUCCACAAGUUUGACUUCUCAGACGAAGAAGUAAUGGCUUAUUAUAUUUCGUUCCUCAAGACUCUCAGCUUAAAACUAAAUGCUCACACGAUUCAUUUUUUCUAUAAUGAACACACCAAUGAUUUUCCUCUAUAUACUGAGGCCAUCAAAUUCUUCAACCAUCCAGAAUCCAUGGUACGCAUAGCGGUACGCACCCUAACUCUAAAUGUCUACAAAGUUGAAGAUUCCAGUAUGCUGGGUUUUAUAAGAGACAGAACUGCCGCUCCAUAUUUUUCAAACAUUGUUUGGUUUAUUGGAAAACACAUCCAAGAACUAGACAUGUGUGUGAGAAAUGAAGCAGACCAUCAUUCGCAAAAUAGACUGGCUGAUUUAGUAGCUGAACAUUUGGAUCACUUACAUUACCUAAAUGACAUUCUUUGUUUGAAUAUAACAGACCUAAAUCAUGUGCUAACUGAUCAUUUGUUGCACAAACUGCUCAUACCUUUGUAUAUUUAUUCACUGGCAACUCACAGAAGAACAUCUUCAAUAGCAGAAGGCUCAGUUUCGAAAAUAUUGUGGUCUUCAUCUUCAGGCCCUGAUAGCCCUAGACUUCAAGAUCCAACUUCAGGCAGGGUUUCUUGUGUUGUUGCCUUAUUUUUAUUAUCUCAAGUGUUUUUGAUUUUAUCACAUUCGCCUUUAGUGCAAACUUUGGCUUGGAUUAUAUUGAAAACUGAUAAAAGUGUAUUUGAAAAAGGAGUUACUAAACUGUUGGAGCAUUACGAAUGUGAAAAAAAGCUGCUAGAGGAUAGUUAUGAAGAGACUUUGGUGGAGGAUUUAAGGAAUAUUACUGAUGAGGAAAAAGAGAAGCUGGCUAAAAAUCCUUCGGAUUUUGUGGCAACUGAAAAACCGUUUUUGGAAACUGUUUAUAGUGCUUUGGAUUGUAAUGAGAACGACUAUGCGGCUCUAUUUGGGUUGUGCUUGCUCUAUGCUAUGGCUAAUAAUAAAGGAGUUACUACUGAUGUUUUGGAGCAAGUGCUUAAACCUAAAAAAUCUUUUUCGUCAAAAGAUGUAAAAUAUUCUUAUAAUGUUUAUUUGGUAGAAAAAUUACUUUCAAUAGUUACUUUGGCUUGUCAGCCCACUUGUAGAGUCAGGCUAGUUACAUUAGAAAUCACUUUAAAACUGCUACUGCAACUUGUAAUAUGUGACGGCAAAAAUAUAUUGAUGGAUCAACACAGGCCUACAAUUGAAUCUUGCAAGUCUCAGAGUUUAGCUUUACUCAGAAAUUUUUAUAAAAGCGAAGAGAUAUUUUUGGACAUGUUUGAACAUGAAUACUGUGAUAUGUCAAAAUCUUCACUAAACGUCGAAUGGUUAUGCAUGGACAGUGCAAUCCUACUCCCACCUGCAGGCACCCCAAUGACAGGAAUCGAUUUUAUUAAACGGCUACCAUGUGGCGAGAGUGAAAAAGCUAGAAGAGCAAUUCGUCUGUUUUUCCUGAUGCGUAUCACUGCCUUGAGUCUCAACGGAGAAAUGGAAACUCAACUGCCAUUGACCAAUCCACAAAGCUGCGUACAAAUCGAACAGGCCUUGGACUUGAAUAAUUCGGAUUUGAUUGCUUGCACGGUUCUGUAUAAGGAUGGUACUAAAAUGAGAAGGUUUUUGGUUAUUGAUGUGAUGCAAUUGAUUCUUGUAGAACCUGACAAUAAACGGCUUGGUUGGGGCGUAGCAAAACUAGUCGGUUUCCUGCAAGACAUCGAAGUAACAGGCGACAAAGACGACUCUAGAUGCCUGCACAUCACUAUCCACAGGCCAAUAUCAGGAGCAACCACCAACCGAGUACCCCUACUGAGCGCCAAAUUCCUAUUCGACGAUAACAUCCGAUGUAUGGCGGCCAAACAACGUCUGACCAAAGGCCGCAUAAAAGCCCGGCAAAAAAAGAUGCAACACAUAGCGCGGCUUUUGGAAAUACCUGGCCAAUCAGGGCCUCCGAGUCCUGCUUUUACAGGACAAGGAUUGUACGGUGGGCGUAAAAACGUUAGACCGAUGUUUGUUAGUAGUCGGUGUCCGGGGUUUGCUGCUCCGAAACGGGACAGUUCGCCAGGAGUUUUACACCGGACUAGUAGACUUCAGAACGAUGUUAGUCCGUCUUCUAGUAAUAGAUCUAGAGAUAGUUCUUUGGGUAGGGCUAAGUCUAGAGAAGGUUCACCUAGGAUGCCCAGGCCUAGGUCCGAAGAGAUUCCUCUAGAAUUAAUAAAGAAGACAACUUUAAUUGAUAUGGCUCCAAAAAUUAGUAUCUUGCCUAGACCGCAAACACCUAGAAUUGAAAAUGAGCUGAGUCAAGAAAAAGAAGCUGCGCCAACUAUUUUUAUAUCAGAGGAAACUUCUUUUAUAGGUGAUAGAAAGACAACAAAUGACGGAGUGGAAACUAUUUAA